UCAGAAAGAUUCCUUUAUUAAAUAUUCUUUGGUCAGCACCUUAUCUGAAUGAGCUUUAUGAUGCAGAAGAGCAUUUGCUUUUAGGGGGAAAAGGAGGCAAUUUCUUCCUCCAGCCACAGAUAGGAGCCCAGUGCAGGAAUUUCCUUAGUUAACACCAGGCAGGACAGGGGAGUGGAUGGUGGGACAUGCCGUGUGGAGGGAAGGCAGGUGCUCUGCUUGGAGUGGACCUGAGUGCAAGGCCGGAGAGCUGGGAGGAUAGGAGUGUUCAGAGGAUGGCACAGAGGGCAAGGGGUGGAGUUUCGGGGGUGGGGCGCAUGUGGCCUUUUGGGAAGAUGAACUUGGAAGGCCUGGCCUGGGAGGGGUCCAAAUGCCAUGCUACCGCCCAGUGUAGGUGGGGGUUUCUACUUCUGGAAAGACCCUCAGCUGCAGUAAUGGAAAGUGGCUCAAGUAGCCUGGAGGGGCCAAGAGACCAGGACAGAGAUGGUUAUGCAGGCCUGAGCUGAGACAGGGGUUGCCCGGCUGGAGGAUUUGCUGAAGGCAGGGCUUUUCUCUUGAGAGGUGGUCAGUGACACGGGUCAGGCCAGGCUGUCCGUGAACAGGCCUUGUGAAGCACACACGGAGAGACUUGCCUACUCACUCUGGACUCUGCCCUGCUCAUCUCAACUUCCUCCUUCCUAAGCCUCUCCUGGAGGAGACAGGGAUGAUGAGGAGACAGGGAUGACCUCGGGGUAUACUGUGGCCGCCCACCCACGUGGAGCCCUUGUAGCCUCAUUCCCAGGACCCAGGAACUGCAAGGGCUUGGUGUCCAGUGGAUGGAAGAGUGGGCUUCGGAGAUGCCUUGGACGGCUUAGUGUCUAUGGAACACCGUCCCGCAGAGACUUGGCACAAGCAAGGGAGGAAAGAGCAAGAGCUGGGAGGCAGGGAUGCAGGGCUUCGAUCAAGGUCCCAGGAUGGCCAUGUCCUCCUGUGCGUCUCUCCUCCCAGAUCAUCAGCCCAGCAGCCCAGUGGAUAAGGAUCUUUAAACAUUAGAACUAGACAGGGCAACUGCAGCCUGUCUCCACUGUUUACAGGGAGUAAAGGUGUGUUCCUGGUUAAAGAUGGGCAAAUGGCAGAGCCUGCCUGAGAUCCACCCCUCCUAUCAUAGAGUCCGGGGCCCUCCUUUGGUAAUAGUUUGCUGGAUGAAGCCAUGCGUUCCACGUCUUUCGAAAUUCCCUGUGGAGUCUAGUGCUGUUCUUAGAACUUAGAGCCAGAAUCAACUGAUCUUUGUCCUUGGGGCAAAGACCCAGUACAUGCCCAGUUCAGGGAUAUAAGGGGCAAGCAGGUCUGAAUCCUUGCUCUCCAAAACAGGAAACCUGCUCCAGUUCCUGUGUCCUGCUCCAGAUCUCUCAGAGCCCAGGUGACGGUGAUGUGGUCAGUUCACCGGGACCAUGGCGAUGGGUCAGAACACCGAGGUGUGGAAGCAAGUGUUCCAGGAGUUAAUUCAGGAGGUGAAGCCAUGGCACAUGUGGACCCUGAUACUAGACAGAAGCCUUCUUCCCAACAUCCUGAAGCCAGGGUGGACACAAUAUCAGCAGUGGGCUUUUGCCAGGUUUCAGUGCUCAUCAUGCUCUCAGAACUGGGCCUCCUCCCAAGUUCAGGUCCUUUUCCACAUGCACUGGAGUGAGGGGGAGUCCAGGGGCCAGGUGAAGAUGAGGAUCUUUUCCCAAAGAUGUAAGAAGUGCUCCCAGUCUUCGUUUGAGGUUCCCAAGUUCACAGAAGAGAACAUCUCAAGGAUCCUGAACAAUCUGGUAUUGCGAAUUCUGAAGAAAUGCUACGGAGAAGGAUUUAAGUUGGUGGAGAUUCCUAUCAUCAAGGAAGUUUCUCUUGAAGGGCCACAUGACAGUGACAACUGUGAGGCAUGUCUGCAGGGCUUUUGCAUCCAGAGUGGGUUAGGUCUGGCCACGCAGGCACCAAUGUCCCCAUCACUUCCUACAAUAAGCUCACCCCCCGUUGAGAUAGCAAUCCAAAUGCCUUCUCCCACAAGGAGUAGCACCACAGAGGAUGCAGUGAAGAAAAAGAAGGUAAUACCCAGACCCUGGUUUCCUGAAGCUACACAAGCUGAGAGCCUCCCCACUUCCUGGAGCCCAAGAGCAGACACCAACUCCCAGAAUCAGAGAGCAGACAUCAGCUCCCAGAGCCCAAGAGCAGAUACCAACUCCUCCCAGAGCCAGAGAGUAGACAUCAGCUCCCAGAACCUGAGAGCAAAGACCAACUCCCAGAGCCCAAGAAGAAAGACCAACUCCCAGAGCCCGAGAGCAAAGACCAAAUCCCAGAGCCCAAGAACAGACACCAGCUCUCAGAGGUGGAGAGCGAAUACCUACCUCCAAGUGGAGAGAAGAGUGCAAGACUCCCUCUCCAGGGAGGUUUACUAUUCCCACACAGCUCAAACUUUCAGGAGCAGGAAUUUAGGCUGUUGCUGUUGUCUCAUCCUAAUAAUCAUCGUCAUUGUAAUUGUUAUAAAAAUCACUAUCUGAGCCUCAAAGGCAUGAUGCUGAGUUUAAAAACUCGGACACACAGUCUAAUCCCACUGAUGUGAAAUAUUCAGAAUACAUAAAUCCAGAGACAGGAAGUGUCUGUCAUUUCCCCCCAAUCAUGGGGCUGGAGGUGGGGUGGAGAAGGAAAUGAGGAACAGCUAUUUAAUCUGUAGGGUUUUUUCUAGGUGGCGGAUGAUGAAAAUAUUUUAGAGGUAAUGGUUGCACAACACUGUGAAUAUACCAAAUUGCUCACUUUAAAAUGGUUAAUUUAAUGUAAAUUUCACAUCAGCUUUAAAAAAAAAAAAGAAAAAGAAAAAUGCUAUAAUUUCAUUCAUUCUCUGGAAAAUGGAGGUCAAAGCAUUUAUGGCUCCCAAAAUGAUCUGGAAUUCUCAUGAAACCCAGGACCCUGUUACCAGAAAAUUCUACAUGGACCCUCUGACGUCAGUCUGUGGCGGCAUUUGCUGUCUGAAGCGUUAGCCCGAGAGCUCCGGCUUUUGGAAUACUGGUCUCUGCAGAGGAGCAGCACGCACCUGAGGGCUGAGGCAGGACCAUCCACCAAGGUGGGGAGAUAUCCUUACAACUCCAUGUAAUUUUUCUUUAUACUUUACUAUUUCUUGUUGCAUGUUAUAUAAUGUAUGCUAACCUAUUAGUAGAAUGGUAUAGUGCAAUAAUGUAUAGAUAAAUACAUUUGACACAACAUUGUAAAUCAACUAUAAUUUUAAAAAUGAGAAAAAAAUAAAUACGCAUCCAUUAGGA